UCGGAAGUGCAGUCGACUUUAAUUUAUUCAACUAAUAAGUUGCAGGCGCCAUUAGAGCGCAUUUGUGAAAACUUCACGUAUUGAGUGAUUAAUUAAUUUUGCUUGGGUGAAAAUAAUAUUACAUAAAGAUUACUUUAAGAAUGAAUUUCUGUUUAUAUUUGUCUAUAAUAGUAAAUUUAAUUGUGAAUUCAUUGAGUUAUUCGAUUCCAGAACCCAAAGUUGAAAUUCUUAGUCCACAGGGAUUACGAAUUUCUAUUCCACAUGAAAAGGGGAUUGUCCUUGUUGCAUAUCAUAUAAACAUUGAUAAACCGAUCGCCCUAAAUCAACCUGGAGAAUAUUCUGCCGAUAUUACUGAGCCUACAAAUGAUAACAAGUGGUUGUUUCAUAUUUCCAACGCUUUCAUUGAUCCCGGAAAUAAAGUAAACUAUUGGAUGCAUGUUCAAUAUGGAGGAUAUGCUUAUCGAAAAUUAGGAUCGCAAGUAGCUGGAGGAUCGCCCGUAGAGAUUUCCGAUUCGGAGUCGACAACAGGCUCCACAACUAAAGUGCAACAACUUCCCAAUGAUUGUGAAAAGUCUGUUACAACAGUGGGACGCAAUGCAGUCUGUAAAGGUCAACUUAUUUUCGAAGACAAUUUCGAAAGCUUAAAUUGGACUAUGUGGAAACGGGAAGUUCGAAUUCCCAUUGAUACUGAUGAUUCGAUGUUUGUGUCAUUCCAAGAUAGAUCUGAAAAUUGUUAUGUGAGCGAUGGAAAAUUACAUAUUGUACCAAAUUUAUUAACAGAGGUUCCAGGCUUCAAUGAGACGAGAAUUCGAACUGGAAAGAUGGACUUGGGAGCGAAAUGUACAGCAAUAAUUGAUAUGUCCAGGGAGUGCAUAAGAAAUGCAAGAUUCUUCCAAGUCCUACCACCGGUAGUAUCGGCAAGAAUCAAUACAAAAGAUUUUUUCACUUUUCGAUUUGGAAGAGUCGAAGUUCGGGCCAAAAUGCCUAAAGGCGAUUGGCUAUUUCCAUUGAUACUUCUUGAACCAGCCGAGAGUUACUAUGGAUUUACAGACUAUUCUUCGGGCCAGAUGAGAGUCGCAUUUAUUCGAAGUAACGAACUUCUAGAGAGCAAAACUGGGGAUGAUCUAUCUGGCAAACGAAUAAUGGGUGGAAUUGUGCUUUCAACCGGUGAUGAACUUCGUGAUUCUUGGCUCAAAAGCAGUCUCAGAAGAUCACAUAUGGGUGAUGAGUAUCACAAUUUCACCCUCAUCUGGAAUGAGGAAGAUAUUUCUUUACAUCUCGAUGGAAAAGAAUACGGUUUUAUUCGAGGAGGUUUCUCGAAACUUACCCAAACACAUAGUCUACCUCAUGCAUCCCUUUGGAGUAAUAGACAUUUGAUGGCACCGUUUGACAGAGAAUUCUUUUUAACACUUGGAUUAGGAGCUGGUGGACAUUCUGAUUUUCCAGGUGGCUGCCUUAAUGGACCAACAAAAUUAAACAAAGCUUGGAGGAAUCAUCAUCCAAAAGCUGAACUGCGAUUUUGGAAUGAUCGGGAAAAUUGGUUAAAAACUUGGAAUGGUGAUCAAUCGGGACUUCAUGUGGAUUAUGUUAAAGUUUAUGCACUAUGAUUUGUUCCUUAAUAAAAUAAGAUAGUUCAUUAAAUUGUCUUACUUAUU